AGGUAAAAUGGAUUCUGUUAGAGGAUUUACAGAGCUAUGAGGUAACCAGGGCAGAGAGGGAGAAGAGGGGGAGGUUAUAUCUGUAGAGCCUAUCACGAUGAUAGUGCCGCCGGCGUUGCAAGACUUGCCCGAAACGAUGACGCCUGAGAGCAGCGCCAGUUCCAGCGCUAGGGAGAACGGUGGUGACCACCAUACUUCAUCGUCCAGCAGCUCGUCCUCGGAGGAGACACCCAGCCGCGAGGAAGGGAUGGGGGAUGUGGUUAGCAAUGUCUCAGAUCGGACUGUUAUUGGAGAGUGGGAAAGCAAGACAAUCACGGGCAGGUUGAGCAAUCUACGAAAGGCGCCCAAGGACCUGUCCGCUGGAUUUAGAUUCAAGGCCGCACUGCACCACGAAGUAGCAGACAGUGCGCCCUUAAUAAACGGGCUGGAUACCGAUGUACUUGGAUCACUUCGAAGGCGGCUUGCGAUUUCCCCUGCCCGGGCUGAUAUUCGACCUACUGGCAGACUACGAGCUGGCCCUGACGCAGCUAACGCCCAACAGCAUAAGGUUCAUCAUAGGCUUUAUGCUGUUGUGUGCGAGGUUGGAGGUCCCGGAAAAGGCAAUAGUGUUCAGGUCGCUGUUCCAGUGCCGGCUGUGUCCCAACUCCAGAGGCGCGAGGUGGUAUUACCUCUCCGGGAGAGAGAAGAGCCAACUGUUCAAGAAUGUCAGGAACAAGGUGGCGAGUGGCGUGUGCCGAAUGCACACGUCAAUUACCCUCAAUUGUUGCCACGGGACACGGAUCUCAAGAAUCAGCUGCUGGAAUAUGCGAGGAGGGAAAACUUGAUAGAUCUAGAUGCCCUGGUUACCUCGGAGCAGCUCGCCGUGUUCGGGUUUGUCGACGUGGCAAACCUGUUUAGCGAAGGAGAAAUGAGCAGCAUACUCGAGCACCAACGUCAGCAAGCCCAGGGCUCACGAGGUCGCGGGGCCGGCAGCACCUUGCAAAGACAGACGCGGUUCGACGAGCGGCCGCCUGCAGCGCCACAAUCACGCAGCUCGUCACACCGAGGAUCCAGCUCGGCAUCUAGGCCACGGGCUGAACACAGAGUUGAGGCUGCAGCUCCGAGUGCACGCAGGCGUGCACGUGAGGAGACGGAUAGCGAGGAUGAGGUCCCCCUCAUGCGGCGCAGAACAAGUGGGCAUGCAAAGCUUUUGCCUCCCGUGGAUCGUCAACGGGUAAGGACUUUUGUGCAGCAGCAUGGCGGGCAGGUCGCCAUGGUCAAACUAAUGGACGCGUUCAACUACGCUGUGGCACUGUUCGAGAGUGAGCAGGGGGCUCGCUCUCAGAAUACCGAGCUCAACACUAACUGCAAGCAACUAGCUACAGAAAAAGCUAGCCUUAUGGACGACGUCAAUCGUCUGCAAGGCUCUGAAAUGGCCAACCGAGCAGCUGCAGCGGAGAGCCGAGCAGAAGAGCUCGCAAACAGGAUCAAUGAGCUCAAGGAGGAAUUGGAGCGAGCCCGUGCUAAAAGAGAAAGCAGGAUUCAGGCGGCAAAGGAGGAGGCCGCCCGGGUUGAGGAGUGGGCCAAGAAGGCUGAGGCCGAAAGGGAUCGUGUUCAGAACGAGCUGAGCUCCCUUAGGCACCAGGUCGGCGAGGCCGACAAGAACCUCAGCGCAGCUCAAGGGGCCUUGGAUGAACUGAGGACAUCUCAUGGGCGCUCGGUCAGUAUCGCCCGCGCUCAAGGUGUAGAGUGGUUGGUGGGCUCGGCCGUAUUUCAAGAUGCUGUGGCGGUGGCGUCUGCGAACGUGACCACGGAGAUCUACAAGGAGAUCCGUGGGAAGGUGCUGCACCAUCGCCCAGAUUUCCCCAUACGCGAGCUGGCGUUUUUUGAUGGGGAGGAUAUUGACGAGCAGGGUAAGAGCCUUGCUCCCCUCGUUGACACAAUAGUGCGGUUGAGGUGGGAUCUGAACGAGGAGGGAGAGCCAUCGAGCACUCCUCCCAACUCUCAGCCCGCUGUGAUGCCGAGCAGAUCACCCGUCAAUGCGCCAACUCCCAAGCCCGCAGCCCAGUCUUCUCCAACUCGCUCUCCUCCUACUACAGCUGAUGCGUCUAUGCCCGUUGACCUGACGAAUGAUUAGAUUUAGGAUUUCCCUCCUUUUUUUGUACUACUUUUGCAUUUUGUAUUGAUCAAUGGAUUCAUUCCAUAUGUAAUUCAAAUGUAAACAUCCUUGAUGAAAUACAAUAUGAAUUUUGCUUUGGAAUUUCUGUAUUGAUUAUCGUAUAUUGUCUGUACAUUGUUGUUUACAAUUGCUUGAUAACGACUUGAAUAAGAUAAUAAUACACAGGUUAACUGUAA